UAGGAGCUCGCUUUAUAGUAUAUGUGUUUUUCCGUUUGGCAAUAUUUCAUUUGUGGCCGCGAAUGACAUUGCGGUAUUUAAUUUUCAUUUGAGGACAGUAAAUUUUUAAUCGUCGGAUCACUUAACGAUUAUUUAGCUUUUAAAUUCAAAACAUGGCGUUGUGUAGACUGGUUGGGAUUUCUAAUGAAAUGUCCAUAACCAAUAUUAAACGAGCAUUGACCACUGGUCAUAGAUUAUUUAGUCAAAAAGUUCAACAUACAUCAACUAAGGUUGUUGAUGAUAUUUUAGUAAUUACUUUGAAUACUCCUAACUCGAAGGUCAAUUCACUUUCUUAUGAUGUAAUGAAUGAACUUCAAUCAAGUUUAAAUAAAGCUACACAAGAUCCAGCUAUUAAAGGAAGUGUUAUUAUAUCUGGCAAGCCAAAUUGUUUUAUUGCUGGUGCAGAUAUUUCAAUGCUACAAUCUUGUCGUACAGCACAAGAAGUUUAUAAAAUAUCUCAAACUGGUCAAAAUAUGCUUAAUCAAGUUGAAAGGUCCUCAAAACCUAUUGUAGCAGCAAUUAUGGGUUCUUGUUUGGGAGGUGGUUUAGAAGUAGCAUUAGCUUGUCAUUAUCGAAUUGGAGUUAAAAGCAAAGGUACUUCACUUGCUCUACCCGAAGUUAUGUUAGGAUUAUUACCAGGUGGUGGAGGUACUCAGAGAUUACCAAAACUUGUAUCACUUCCUACAGUACUUGAUAUGUCUUUGACUGGAAAAUCCUAUAGAGCUGACAAAGCUUUAAAAGUUGGUUUGAUUGAUCAACUUGUUGCUCCUCUUGGACCAGGGUCAACCACACCAAAUGAAAGAACAUUAGAAUAUCUAGAAGAAGUAGCUGUUGAUGCAGCUAAACAAAUAGCAUCGGGAAGCAAAAAAAUAAAAAGAAACAAGAAUAAGACUUUGGUUGAUAAAGUACUUGAUUUGGGUAUGAAAAAUGAAUGGAUUAGAGAUAAGUUUUUUGAUAAUGCCAAAAGUAAAGUCUUAAAAAUGACUAAAGGAUUAUACCCAGCUCCUAUAAAGAUAUUAGAAGUUAUCAAAACUGGAAUAGCUGAAGGAAAUAUUAAAGGAUAUGCUGCUGAAAGCCAAGGUUUUGCUGACUUAGCUAUGACUCCACAAAGUAAAGGAUUAAUUGGACUAUUUAAGGGUCAGACUGAAUGUAAAAAAAAUAGAUUUGGUGAACCAAAAUCAGCCAUUAAAACUGUUGGCGUUCUUGGAGCUGGUUUAAUGGGUGCUGGAAUAGCUCAUGUAACUGUUGAUAAAGGAUUACAAGUUAUUUUAAAAGAUGCAAAUGAACAAGGUUUAGCUAGAGGUAUUGGUCAAAUUGAAAAAGGGUUAUCUGGUGCGGUUAAACGUAAGAAGUUAACCACGAUCGAAAAAGAUAGGUACAUGUCUGAUUUGACUAGUACUUUGUCAUAUGACUCUUUUUCAAAAGCUGACAUUGUUAUCGAAGCUGUUUUUGAAAAUAUCAAUAUUAAACAUCAAGUAAUUAAAGAACUUGAACAAGUAAUACCUAAACAUUGUAUCAUAGCAACUAAUACAAGUGCUAUUCCUAUCAGCAAAAUAGCUGCUGGCAGUAGCCGACCUGAAAAUGUAAUUGGUAUGCAUUACUUUUCUCCAGUAGAUAAAAUGCAACUUUUAGAAAUUAUUACAACUGACAAAACGUCAAAAGAAACGUCUGCAGCUGCUGUUUCUUUAGGUUUAAAACAAGGAAAGAUUGUUAUUAUUGUGAAAGAUGGUCCAGGAUUUUACACAACACGUAUUUUAAGUACUAUGUUAUCAGAAGCAAUACGUUUAUUACAAGAAGGAGUUAGUCCAAAACAGUUAGACAAUAUAACAAAAAGUUUUGGAUUUCCAGUAGGAGCAGCUACAUUGACAGAUGAAGUUGGAGUAGAUGUUGGUUACCAUAUUGCCUCUGAUUUGUCUAAAGCAUUUGGUGCUAGACUUGAUGGUGGAGAUCUCAACUUUGUAAAAAGUAUGGUAGAUGGUGGAUUUUUAGGACGGAAGUCUGGAAGUGGCUAUUUUAUUUAUAAGGCCAAUACCAAAAAUAGACCAGAAAAUGAUGAAGUUAUUUCUUUACUUGAAAAAUUCAAAAUGGAACCAAGAGGAGAACAAACUGUUGAAAAUCAACAGCUUCGUAUGGUAUCUCGAUUUGUUAAUGAGGCUGUUUUAUGCUUAGAAGAAUCUAUUUUAAAUAGUCCAGUUGAAGGUGAUAUUGGAGCAGUUUUUGGUCUUGGUUUUCCUCCAUUUUCAGGUGGUCCUUUCAGGUGGGUCGAUUGGUAUGGUGCUGACAAACUUGUGGCAAAAAUGCAAACAUUCCAAAAUGACUAUGGAGCACCGUUCCAACCAUGCCAAUUAUUAUUAGAUCAUGCUAAGGAUAAAUCAAAGAAGUUUUAUCCAUCUUAAGAGACUUGUUAAAUUUACAUGUAUAUUCAGUAAAAAUAAGUAAAUUGCUUGGGAAUUUCGAAAUUUUACUUAUAAUAGAUUAAAUUAACAAUUUAAAGUCUGUAAAACAUACUUAUAUAAUUUCUUUAUUUUUUUAAAUUGUUGGUAAUUAAAGUUUAUAAUAAUAAUAAUAUUAAUUAUUUUACUUAUUUAUAAUUUUGUUUGAUUACUGAUUAUAAUAGAUAUAUUUUUUAAUGAAUUAAUUUAUAUUCAAUUGUUUAUUAACAAUGUCCCUUUAUUUUUACUAAAAGAACAGACUAAGUAAUGUAGCACUAAAAAAUGAUAGAUAAGAGGGAUUUUUUUAUUUGUAGAUUUAGAUUUUCUAAAUGGUUUAAAAACAAAACAAAAUUUUAGAUUCUAAAAAUAAUAUGCGAUCCUUUUCUAUUACAUGUAAAAACUUUUCAGAAAACGAAAAUAUCCUUAUUGUUAAUAAGUUAUAAAAUUUUAAAGGUCUAUUGAGCCGUCUUACUCAUGUGUAGGCAUCAUACUUUAAUUGUGUUAGGCUAUGUAGUUUUUCCUUUCGACUACAGACAUUUGCUUUUAAGGGUUUAUAUUAAAUUUAAUGUAGUAGUUUUAGGUUCGAUGUAAUUGCUCAUUGAAGAUAAGUCAAAAAUGAAAAUAUAAAUUCAUUUUUUUUUUA